UCAUUAUAUUUUUGCAACGUGCGGUAGUCGGACGUGAGCAUCUAUCUUUGAACUCAUUCGAUAAUCUUUUGACACAAAGCGGUUACUUUAUACAAUAACCAUAACUAUUGCUGAAAGUCGUCAUUAGAUAUCAAAACCGUGGCGACUGAUAUAGAUCUAGAAUUUUGUAUAAUACGAUCUGACAACAAAAGACUUAAAGGGAGACAAUCGAUACAGAUAAAAAUAACGACAAAGUUUCAAACCACUCGAGAUAUUUUACCUAAAUUUUACUGAGGUCGAAUCAGACAAAACGAAACUUUCAAAAUACUCGUAGAUUUUGCAACAACUAUGAAAGCCAACGAAUUGAGGAAAAGUUGACGAAGAUUUUCUAAACCUAACUGGAUCCCCACUUUGUCUUUGCUUUUCUGAUAGCAGAAUGACGGAACCCCAGUAUAUGCCGAUCAAAGAAGUCCGACCGUCUCAGAAGAACAUAAACGUAAUGUUUAUAGUGUUGGAAAUAGGUAAACCCACAAGAACUAAAGAUGGUCACGAUGUCCGCUCAGUAAAAGUUGCAGAUAAGUCUGGUUCUAUUAACAUAUCUAUAUGGGAUGAAGCUGGUGAUCUGCUGCAAACUGGAGAUAUUUGUAAACUUACUAAAGGAUAUUCCAAUGUAUGGAAGAAUUGUUUAACAUUGUACACUGGCAAAAUUGGUGAAAUUACAAAAAUUGGAGAAUUUUGUUUGCAGUUCAGUGAACAACCAAAUAUGAGUGAACCUAAUCCUGAUUUUGUGAAGAAUGAGCCACCAACCCAAAGAAAAUCACCAACAGAGGGCAGUGAUGCCAAAAACCAGCAGGGGAAUGCAUCACAGAACCCAUCUAUACAAACUAGUAAUAGACCUCCAUUAAUGGGAACACCUCCAGGUGGAAUGAAUUUCCAGAACACGAGACCACAAGAUCCAAGAAUGGCUCCACACGAUCCAAGGUUGAUGAACCCACAGCAUAACAGAGGGGGUGGACCCCCACAUGGAAUCAGACCAAUGAAUGGACAAGCUGGGCGGGGCAUGCCAAGAAGAUAACCAAUAAUUGAAAGCUCAUUUGUUCAAAAAAUCAUUCAUUUUGUUCCAAUCAUAUAACUAGCAAUGACCCUAAAAGUACAUUUUUGAGAUUAAUCCCUAACCCUGACAUUUCUAUUGAAAAUGUUAUUCUAUUAUGUAUAAAUUUAUAUUGAUUUGUAUAAAUUCCAUCAAAACGGAGAACUCAAACAUAUUUGCCUGCAUUUAGGUUGAAUGUAUGAACAAUCUGAAAUCAUCUGAAGUUUUAUCCCUAGUUUUUCUGGAAAAGAAGUGAACAACUCUUAAGUGGGUAAUAUGAUGGAACAUUAAUAAAAUUUUACAGAUUAUGAAAACAUAAAAGCAUACAAUGUUGGUAAUCAUUAAUCAAAUGACAAAACACAUUAUUAGACAAAUAAAAAUCCACAGAUUGAGCAAGAUAAAUCCUUCUACAAAGAUUUUAACUGGUCCAGGAGAUGAACUCUGGGAUGAAUUGGAAUACAGUAAUCUGAUGUGUAAAAAUGUAGUGUGGUUGUGUUUGUGAAGGAAAGGAGGAUAUGAUAAGUGUCUAGGAAGAAUGGAGCAUAACAUCUGAAACCAAUAUGUGAGGGCCUGGUUGGGGUUAUAAGAAUAAAAAAUAAAAGGCCUGAAAAAUCAAGAAUAGAGAAUAAUGGUGUGCAAAAAUAUAUAAAAAAAAAAUGGGCCCACAAAAAUUAAACAAUACAUCACUUGUCAUUCAUUGUCUGUUAUCUUCAUCCUUUACAGCUCCUCUGACACUACUUUGCCAAAUUUAACCAAACUUUGCCACAAUCAUCAAUGGGUUAUCUAGUUUCAAAAAUGUGUCUGAUGAUCCUACCUGCCGACAUGGCUAAAAAUAGAAAUGGGGGCCAAUGCAAUUUUUCUUUAUUAUCUUGAAAACUGAUAUUGAUAGAAAAUUUGACAAAGCAAAAAUGUUCAUAAUGAUGAGAUCUACCAAAUUUUUAUUGACAUUAAAAUUGUCAGACAACUUCUUAUAGGAGUUAUUGCCCUUAAAUGAGGAAUUUUACCAUUUACAUUUUGCAUAUAAUCUUGAAAAUUAUAAUAGAUAGACAGAAAGUUGAAAUUUCAAAAGUGAUCAGCAAGAACAGAUCUACAAAUAAGUCAAAUGAUUGAAAUUAUCAGUCAACACAUUAUUGAAAUUAUUCCUCUUUAAGUUUAAUGACGAUAUUUUUACCAAUUUUUGCAUUUUUGCCUAUUAUCUUGGAAAUUAUAAGAGAUGGAUAAAAACUUUUUAUUGCAAAAAUUAUCAGCAAGACAAGAUCUUCAAUUAAGUUCAAUUACCGAAAUCGUUAGUCAACUCCUUUUUGAAAUUAUUGCCCUUUAAUGACAAUUUUUUUUCCUAUUUUUGGCAUUUUUGCCCAUUAUCUUGAAACUAUAAUAGAGGGAUAAAAACUUUCAAUUGCAAAAAUGAUCAGCAAGACAAGAUCAACAAAUAAGUUAAAUUACUUAAAUUGUUAGUCGACUCCUUUAUUGAAGUUAUUGCCCUUUAAUGACGAUUAUAUUUUCCCAGUUUUUAGCUCACCUGGCCCAAAGGGCCAAGUGAGCUAUUCUCAUCACUUGGUGUUGGUCGUUCGUCAUCCUCGUUAAAUUUUUCAUUUUGAACUUCUUCUAGAGAACCUGGUUCAACCACUGAAUGGAAUGAAACUAAACAUGGCAUGAAUGUUCCUUAUAAGGUGCUGACCAAGUGUUGUUACUUUAAAGCCAAUCCAUCAUCCAAGAUGGCCGCCAGCAGGGGACUUAGUUUAACAUAGGAUCCUAUUGGAAAUACAAACAAAUGUCUUCUUUUAGAGAACCACUGAAUGGAAUGAAACCAAACAUGGCAUGAAUGUUAUUUUGAAGCCGAUCCAUCAUCCAAGAUGGCUGCCAGCUGGGGACUUAGUUUAACAUAGGACCCUAAGUGAAAUGCAUUCAAAUGUCUUCUUUUAGAGAACUACGGGUUGGAAUGGAACCAAACAUGGCAUGAAUGUUCCUUAUGAGGUGCUGACCAAGUGUUGUAACUUUGAAGCCGAUCCAUCAUCCAAGAUGGCCGUCAGGACUUUGUUUAACAUAGGACCCUAUUGACAAUACAUUCAAAUGUCUUCUC